GCGGGCGCUGAGCGGCUCUGCCCGGCCCGCAGCCCCCGCUGCCCGCCCCGCCCCGGCGGGGGAGCCGCGGGAGGGUGGCCCGGCCGUGGGUGGCCGCACCGGGCCGUGGCUUCGUGGAGGGCCCGGCCGGAGCCCUGCGAGUCGGAAAUCUGUAGCGAUCGGCUCGCGGUUGCCAAAUCUGACGCCCCCAGCCGGGACCCGAGGGCGGUGAUGGCAAGGAAGGAUGCUGCCAGAAGUGCCCCCGCUACUGAGGCUGGAGGAGAUGUCAUUGCCCAGGCAGCUGGCGGGGACACAAGCCCUGGUACCUCAGGCAGGGAUCCGGCAGCUUUGGCCACUUUCUAGGGAGAAGAGAAUGAGCUGGUGUGCCAGGGUGAUGCCAGGGCAGCGUGUGCUCUGUUAGGGAUCCCACCAGGUAAGGACUCUAAGCUGAGCAGUCCUCUGUGAAAGGAAGCCAGCAGUCUUGUUCCAGGGCUUGCGCAUUUCCCAUGUGUGACCUGCCCUAGCCUUGGGAAAGAUUAUGCUUCCCAGAACAAAUGGAGGACCUGUGAGUUUGAGAUCUUCUUUCUAAGGACUUCCUUCAGUGGAUAGAGACAGAGCCUGUAUUUCACUCAGCUGUGCUUGUGACACUUAGGCUGUGUAAACCCUGACCCUCUCCACAGAGAUGUUGCUUGGUGUGGUGCAUCCUCGAGGAGAAACGCCUUUGGCUUCUUUCUCCUCACGGCCCUCGGUGGAAUAGAUUACAAGAAGGUCUGCAAAAGGAAGGGGUUACUCACUUCAGUGAUGGUCUCCUGAAAGCCAAAACCACUGGAGCUUAUAUUGAGUUUGAGGUACCUCCAAACUCAUUCUGAGUGGAGAUUCAGAGGAGCAGAGCUGGUUCCUUGAGAUUUCCCACUCUGCUUUUGUCAACAAGUGCUGGAUCCAAAUGGCUUGACACAAUUUUACUUACAGGUAUAUUCAGCGUUUAGAAAAGGAACAACACUUUAGCCAAAGUCCCCAUAAAUCACACUGAUUUCCUGAGGCAAGGGGAGGCUCUUAAUAUGAAUAUUUAUCCUGUGUGUUUCAUAGCAUCAUUGCAGAAGUAGAUGUCAACCAUGUGCAAUCCCCAAUACAAAGAGGAUGCUAGACCACCAGUUCCCUUGCAGGAUAAGGCUUUCCUGCAUUUGGAGAGCAUGCCUUGUGUAUCUGUAUGUGUAUAUUCACAUGCAUACUUCCAAAGAAGAUUCUUCUCUUAAUGCUUUUGAACAGAAGCAUCUACAUUUAAUGAAGAAAAGACAACAUUCUCCCAUGACAUUCCUUGAGUGACACAACAAGCACCAUCACAAUAGUGAGCAAAUAGUUUUUGCAGGACAGAACAGCAUCUUUUCAGUACAUUCACUUCCAAGAGGAUACCAUCUUUUUCUUUGAAUCCUGAGCAGUAGCAUUUCACAUGACUCUGUUUCCCCAUGCACUUGGAAGAGGUGGCUUUUCCUCUGUCUUUCCCACACUAUUGACCUGUGUCAGUUUGGCGAUUGAGGCACAUUUGCAUUGUUCAGGGCCUCCAGCAGCCUUGUGGCAGCCUCCUGCAACUCUUCUUCCUUCACUGCCUUCCCAAGAGACAACAACAACUUCAUUGUCUGCAGGGAGCUUUGCACCUGGCUGUCUAGCAGCCUGAGGAGGAGAUCCUCGAUGUCACUGUGUGGCAGCUGCUGGCCACCGGCUGUCGCCUCUGUGGCUUGUGGGCCAGUAGGUAAGAAGGUGGGGGUCACAGGUACUUCCGUGUCAGGGCUGGAGCCAGCUGGAUGGGUACUUGUGGGAGAUGUGGGGUAAGGUGGCUGGGGACCGAAGUUUCUGGAUGACAUGGCAUCACUGCUCGUGGUAAUGUCAUUGGUGCCUGCUGUGUUGCGCAGCUUGGCGCUGCUCUCUCCUGGGCAUGCAAUCCUCUGUGGAGGAGAAAACAUACCUCUGUAGAGGCUUCAGGAGCAGGCACCUAGGCACUCCCCUGUUCUGUGAGUUUAGCUCUCACUGCACAAUCCCAUCUUUCCCACUCCCUACAAAGAUGAGCCCAAGAAAGCAAAGAAACCUUCAUAUCCUUUCUUUGUCGAGUCUCCCCGUAAGUCUCUCAUGGGACUCACAGCUGUCUUUACUUUCUUCUAGCCUGCAUGAAUCCCCCUCUCUCCUGGAGAACCUAGAUUGUCUCAACUUGGUUGGGAAUGAGCUGGAGAGGAGGGCUGAGGUGGUCCUCAAAGGUUCAUUUUCUUGAAGAUAACUCCUGCAAAGUCUCCUUUUUGGCAAGUGGCUUCAGGUGCCAUCUGAAGCUAAUCAGCUUGGUGUGAGUGCGCCUGGAAUGUGGGCUACCCCUGGCUCUCUCCUCUCUUCCCUGUCUUUUAGCCUCUUGUUUUCCCACUUCCUUAUUUUCAGGGCUCUCCCUUUGGCCUGUUACUUGCCCAGAGCACACAUAGUCUUCAGGGAAUAGCUAAAUAACUCACCUUAAGAAAAUACUUUUUCUUAAUACAGCGAUAAAAAGAAAAGGUGCAGAAGUUUGGGAAGAAAGUUUUUCCUGGCAUUUCGGAGCAUACGGGUCCUAGAAAGAGGCAAAUGAAGAGACAGACCUAGUGAUAAACUCCAGUGCUGGCAUCCUACCAGUCCUUAGCAAUAACCUCACUGUCGAGUGACAUCCCUCCAUGAAAACUCCUAUGCCAUUUGGGUGCCCCCCUGAACCUUGUGAGAAACUCCGUGUUUUCUUGGUCAUUUCCAUGGCCCAAGGUGUGAGAGGAAGCUUGUCCCAGGGACGUGUGUGGAUGCAAUCAGGUGUGAGAAAGGAUGUGCAUGAGCAAGUGCCUUCUCUUCACUGCAGGAUUGCUACCCAUCUCUCUCCCCCACCAGCUCCUGAGUCUGUCCUCUCCCAGUGAUCAGGUCCUGUGCUGGCUGUGCGGGACCCCCAUCCAGCUGCCUGCCCUUGGGAAUCACACUUGGCUUUACCUUGAGGGAUGACUCCGUGGUUUUCGUACUUGUCCAGUGUCUGGACCAGUGAGUUCUGGCAGCCAUACAGCUCACGAAGAUGGCAGGCAGUGCUGGCUUGGAGAGUGAUCCGGAGGAACUUGAAGAACUGGCGGUACUCCUGGUCGGAGAGUGGCGUUCCUGGCUGCUGUGCCUUCGUCUCCCGAGGGCCAACUAUGCAGCCCCAACCCAAGAGCACUGGUAAAAAAUAAAGUGCAGGGAGUCAGAGGGAGAAGGAAACCCUAACCACGCCACAGUCAAAAGAGCUGGAGGGCUGAAUCCAGAUCUCCGUUGCCUUUUCUGGGUGCAUUUCCCAGCAUGUGGGAAAUGCAGUAACAGACUCGAGAUGGCGGAUCCAGACCUGGGAAAAACCUGCCCCACCCGUGUUGAGAGGAUGUAGUAUUUUGGGGACAGUACUUGGCUGAGGGGCCUUCACCAUAGCUCUGGAGAUUCAAAUCUUGAACUGGGAGAAAUGUCUUGGAAGUCAUGGCUGGGAAUAUUGCUAUGCUCUUGGGGCUGGAGCAAGGAGACUGUUUCAUUUCAAGAUUUUUAGCCUCUGCAAAUGUUCUUCCUCUGGCUAAGUAGGUCUUUAACCAAGGUCCUCUCUCAGAUCUCCUUCUCCUGCCUCCCCUGUUGCUUCACUGGGUCAGCUCUUUCCUCCUGGCCUUGCAGGUCAAGUCUAGAUCUCUGUGCUUGUCUGAUUUAAUGUACCCAGGUGUCCCUGUCUCCAGUCUCUACCUCUGCUCCAGUCUGUGCCUACACAUCCAGCUCUGACUCCUCCCUGGCUCCUGGGUCACUCUGUGGCCCUUCCUGAAGAAUAAGAUACCAGCACAAGUGGGUGAAAACUGGCAAAAUUUCAGGCCAUGAAAAAAGCCUUGGGAUCUUUGCACCUGAGGUGUUGGAGGGUGCUCCUGUCCCUUCCUUUUGCCUCCAGACUGCCCAAGCUGAGGAGCGAUGGGGAGGGGUGCAGAGCAGCCACUUCAGCUGCCCUUUCUCACAACCAGGCUUGGAGGAGAGAUGUUUGCUACUCACCAGACAAAACCAGGUAAGCCCUCAUAGCCGAUAUUGAACUGUGAGCAGGGCCUGUGACAGGCAGGGCCGACAGUCGGGGCCCAGUGUGCUGCCAGAGGUGUCACCUCCACUCUUUCACUGGUGAUGUCAUAGACACCUGCAUUCCCAACACUCCAUCCUCUGCUGCUCACGCCUCCUCCCAGCUAUGCCUCCCUGCUGCCUCCCCCCCCGCUGCCCCCUAACAGGCUGAGUGUGGACAUAUUGGUAUUUGUGCACAAACUCCUGCUCACUGACAGCUCUUUAAAGUCCAUCUGGAAGGAGGCCAUUUUUCUGGAGCACAGGACAAAAAAUUCUGCCUUUGGACUGCUCGUGUCAAUAAAUGUAUGAGCAGAUCAAAAUCUUGUCUCUCACCCAGACUUUUGCAUGCCUGGCUGAUCCACUGAGAGCGACUGAGCAAAGUACUCCUUCAGUGAAGGCAAUAAACGGAGUUCCAGACAGAGGCAAAAAGCAGCCUAAUUGUGAAGGUGGCAUUUUUCCUCCACCUGCAGAACAGAACUGCAUUACAUUAUGUUCUCCUUUAGUUCACUGGGAAGAAAGACGAUGGAGAGAACACGGUUUGAAGAAUCAAUAUUUUUCUUACACAAAACUCAUCAGGAGGCAUUUUUGGUCUGGGAGUGCAGCAGGAGGAACAUCCAGACACUUGUGAGAAGGCAGCAAGCUGGCAGGCAGCUCUCAGUGUGUGUGGUUGACCUGUCUGUGCUACAUGAGGUGGCCCUGGUUAUUGGACCCGAACAUCGGUGUCACAGUGUGCAUGACAGGACAGACAGUGACCCUGACUCAUGUUUCUGGGUGUCAUUUUCCUAUGGUCUAGGUUGCUUCCAGCUCCUAAACACUUACCCUCCUGAAAUCUCAUUCUACAGCACUGCUGCUAUGAUGGGUAUUUAUUAUGUCUGUUUUCUUUCCUCUGAUCAGGACCUGCAGUCCCCAGCUUGGCUUUAACCUUUCAGAUGGAGUGAAGAGAAACAGCUUUUUGGCCAGAAGCAACUAAAUACCCAGACAGUAGAGAGACUGCUCACAAGCAGGUGACAGGACCGUGGGUGACAUGCAGAACGGCAGCCAUCAUCAGGAAAGUCCUGUGAGAGCUGAACCGCAUCUGUGUUCCCCCAGGAAGCUCACAGGAGAUACCUUGCAGGACACCGAUCAAAGACAAGACUGCAAGCAGGAGCUGGAGACAGAAAGUGAGAUGGAGACGUCUUUUGCAAAGAGACAGGGAAUGGUAACUCCCUAUGGGAUGGAAAUCUGGGAGUGCGAGGACAGCGGUAGAGGCCACAUCAGCAAGGUUAUCCUUGCUGGGGACAAGCCCGACCCACCCAUGUGUGGGAAUGGUGCCAUUUGGAUUCAGCAGGUGGAAGAGAAAACCUAUGAGUGUCCCGAAUGUGGGAAGAGCUUCAGCCGGAGUUCUUACCUGAGCCAACACCAGAGGAUCCACCUGGCAGAGAAACCCUUCAGCUGCUCUGAAUGUGGGAAGAGUUUCACCCGCAACUCGGACCUGAUCAAACAUCAGCGGAUCCACACUGGUGAGAAGCCUUACCAGUGCAACGAGUGCAAGAAGACCUUCAGCCAGAGGUCCAACGUGAUCAGGCACCAGCGGACCCACACGGGAGAGAGACACUACCUGUGCAACGAGUGCGGGAAGAGCUUCAGCCAGAACUCGCAUCUCAUUGUCCACCAGCGCAGCCACAAGGGUGAGAAACCCUUUAAUUGCCUUCGGUGUGAGAAAAGCUUCAGUGACCGUUCCUCCCUGAUCAUACACCGGAGAGUCCACACUGGAGAGAAGCCUCACAAAUGCCAAGAGUGCGGGAAGUGUUUCCGGGACAGCUCGGCCAUCAUUCGGCAUCAGAGGAUUCACACGGGAGAGAAACCAUACGAGUGCACCGAGUGUGGGAAAACCUUCCGGCAGAGCUCCUCGCUGGUGACCCACACACGGACACACACGGGCGAGAAGCCCUACAAGUGCCCUGUGUGUGGGAAGGGCUUCAGCCAGAGCUCGGCGCUCACCACUCACCGCCGGAUCCACGGUGGAAAGGCCCUGCCCAUGUACCACGGCGGCCUCCUGCCUAACCCCUACCAGUGCACCGAGUGCGGCCGGAGGUGCAGCAACCACUCCACCCUGGCCAAGCACCAGAGCACACACGCCGAGGAGCGGCCCUUCAUCUGCGUGGAGUGCGGGGACAGCUUCCGGCGGAGCUCGGCUCUCAACGUCCACCUGCGGAUCCACCGUGGGGAGAGACCCUACAAGUGCGAGGAGUGCGGAAAAACGUUCAGGCACAGCUCGGCCCGCUGUGCCCACCUGAGGAUCCACGCGGGAACCAAGCCCUACGAGUGCGUCGAGUGUGGGAAAAGCUUCCGGAAAAGCUCAACACUUAAAGUGCAUUUGAAAAUCCAUGUGGCCAAGAAACCCUAUAAAAGUGUGGUGGGUAGAAGAGUGCUCACUUUCCGCUCACUUCUGCCAUAAGCUUGGAAUGGCUGUUCAAAGCAGGAAACUAGUGUUGGGGCUACCUUAAAAAGGUGGGUAAUGAGAACCACCGUGUGAAGAGACUGACUGGAGACAGGGUAUCUCUGGUGUUAGGGCUGGGUGCUAAACCCCAGUGGCACAAGAACUAUUAGGAAGUCUGGAAACAGAGAGUUAGUCCUAAGAGCUGAGUGCUGGUGGUUUAGGAAGAGUGCCAGGAAUGUGAGGAAUGAGCACCAGCUUCAGGGUAAAUCAGGGACUGAGAAUAUGUGGUAGAAUAACAGCUGGGAGAAUUGGGCUUGUAAAAUACAACAGAAGUGAAGAUCGUAAUAAAAUGUUUCAGGUUGGUUCUGGCUCAAAACUUUAGCUUGUUAGACACUGUAGUAGUCUUAGGAAGUGAACUCUCUUAUUUUUCAUGAAUAUAGUCAGUUUACCCAGUGUUUGACAAGGCAUUUUCAAAUCUUUUGAGUCUGAAACUUUGGAGCUGAACUUCAGUCUAUUUUGUCUUUUCCAAAUCUUACAUGGGACAGUGAGUUCCUACCUCAUGAUAGGUGAGUAUGUACCCAGAAAACAUGGAUGUGGAAGUGUUUCCAGUUGAAAAGCAACCUAUUAAUAGUCUGUGACAGCUUCUCCCAGAUUUCUUCUUGCUGAUUUGAAACUCCUUCCACUUGAGACAUCAAUGAAACAUGGACAAAAAUGUGGCCUUUUUUUAUUUAACCAAAAAACAGGAUUUUUCCCCUAGAUGUCCUACUCUCAAAUGUUACGUGAUGAGUUCUUACUGCUGGUCCGGAGACUGACUGCACUUCUGUAGUCGUUUUUACACUACUCUUCUUUAGCUCACCGUUGUUUGAAAAGUAUUAACAUAUAAAGUUCAGCAUCGAACAGGUAGGAACGACUAUAUUUGCAUUUAUUACUAUGCCGACGACUGCGUAUUACAUAAACCUGUAUUGCAACGUUUUGUUACUACGUGUUUCCAUCCUGAAUAAAACCUUUCAUUCUCUCCUG